UCUAUAUGUCUGGGGACCUCACCUGCCCUGUGUGUACCAACUGUGGCCACAAGCUCUGUGCCAACUGUAUGCUGAGUCACUGGCAGCACGAUUGCUGGCCCAAUGCAUGCAGGUGCCCUAUGUGCAGGAGAGAGGUAACUCUGUUGAUGAGGGGAGGAAUGGAAUUCUAUGGACAACAGACAAUCAAGUGGCAGAGUACAACCAUCGAGUGUCUACCACCAACUCUCCUGGUAUAUUCUCCAUGCUCAGAUAUGUUCCUGCAGUCUACCAUCAGCUCUAUAGGGACAUGUUUCGACUGGGUGGCCUCCCUGUGUGCACCAGACUCUAUAUUCUACUGGUGCUAUUCUUGGCAGUACUCUAUCUGAUCUCACCCAUAGACCUCAUCCCUGAGGCCCUGUUUAGAGUGCUUGGAUUGGGCGAUGACCUCUUUGCCAUGGCGAUGGCUCUACUGUAUGGCGUGAACUUGUAUAGAGAGUAUAUUGUACGUAUUGGAGAGGAACAGAGAUAAAAACGUACAUUUUUUGACGUAUAGUUUUUUUCACAUUCAUUAAUUUUUGAACACUCCAAUUAUAACUGAAAUUAAAAUUCCUAUAGA